AUGCGUCCAAAUAUUCUAUUAACAGGUCUUCGUCGAUCAGGUAAAACAUCCAUACAACGUGUUAUAUUUACAAAAAUGCAACCAUCACAAACACAAUUUCUUAAAUCUACUCCACAUUUAACAAUAAAUCAAUUUUCUUGUGGUUCAUUUAUUAAUUUUCAAGUGCAAGAAUUACCCGGUCAAUUACAUGUAUUUCCAUCUUUACAAUUUCCAAAUAGUAGUGAUGGUCAAAAUAAUAGUCAAUCACCAUUAUAUGAUGAUGAUACAACACAUCUUGUUGGUGGUGGUUAUGAUAUGGAACGUGUAUUGAAACGAUGUAAUGCUGUUGUAUAUAUAAUUGAUGCUCAAGAUGAUUAUUCACAAUCAAUAUCAAGUUUAAUAAUGAUUAUACAAUCAGGUAGACGUGUCAAUCCAAGAUUAAGAUAUGAAGUAUUCAUACAUAAAGUUGAUCAAUUAUCUGAAGAAACAAAAAUAGAAACUCAACGAGAUAUUCAUAAUCAGGUACGAGAUCGUUUUGCUGAUUUGAAUGGUGGAACAGAUACAUGGCCAUUAACAUCGUUUGGAUCAAAUCCAAAUUCUCAAAAUAUUUUAAUCAAUUUUCAUUUAACAUCCAUAUUUGAUCAUUCAAUAUUUGAAGCAUUUUCAAAAGUUAUACAAAAAUUAUUACCACAAUUUAAUCAUCUAGAAGAUUUGCUCAAUUAUCUUAUAUCAGCAUCAAAUAUGGAACAAGCAUUUCUAUUUGAUAUACAAACAAAAAUAAGUAUUGCAACUGAUUCAACACCAACUGAUAUACAAAUGUAUGAACUAUGUUGUGAUAUGAUUGAUUUACUAAUAAAUAUGAGUCAAAUAUAUGGACGACCAAAUGGUAAUGUUGUUGAAGCUAUUGAUGAUUAUAGAAAUAGCGAACAUAUUUCGAAUGGUAUUCAUGAAUCAACGAAUACAUAUUCGAAUAGUUCCUUAAGUACAACAUCGCUGAGAACUUCAUGUUCAUCAAUAACUGAAACGAUGCAUGAACCUACAUCAGAUGUAUUUGAUUCAAUGUCAUCAAGUGUUAUAAAAUUAACUGGUGGUCGAGCACUUUAUCUCAAAGAGAUUAAUCGUCAUUUAGCAUUAAUUUGUGUUCUACAUGAAAGAGCACUUUCAAAACAAGCAAUUAUUGAAUAUAAUGUUGAUCAAUUGAAAAAGAGUAUUUUAAAUUUGUUUCAUUUAACAAAUCAGACAUCUGCAUCUUCUAUAGCAUCAUAG